GGGACAGCGGCAGCGCGGGGCCGCGGGCUCCGGCCGCGCCGCAGGAAGCGGCACCAGCGUCCCUUCUUCCUCCACCUCCUCCUCCUGCUGCUGCGGCUCCUCGCCCGCCGCCGCCCGCUGCUCCCGCUGCCCGCCUCACCCCGGCGGCGGCGGCGGCGGCGGGGCCGCGCCCGCUCCGCGAUGCCGCGGCACUUCUCCCUGGCCGAGUGCGAGGUGAUGGGCUUCGACCUGGACCACACGCUCUGCCGCUACCACCUCCCGCAGAGCGCCCGGCUAAUAUAUGAUAGUUUUGCUCAGUAUCUGGUAACGGAGAAGGGUUAUGACAAAGACUUGCUGAAUAUAACUCCAGAGACCUUAGACUUCUGUUGUAAAGGCUUGGUGUUUGACCUUGAAGAUGGAAAUUUCCUAAAACUUGCAGAAGAUGGAACAGUUUUGAGGGCAAGCCAUGGUACUAAGAGCAUGACAUCUGAGGAGAUCCUGGAGACUUAUGGAGGGAGGGAAUGGAAGCAUUUUAGUGCAGUCAGUGGAAUGCUUUCCCGCUCAGCUAAAUACUAUUUGUAUGAUAAUUAUUUUGACCUACCAGGAGCACUCCUUUGUGCAAGGAUUGUGGACAUCUUAGAUCGGCAUGACAGUCAGAAAAAAUAUGACUUUUGGAAGGACAUGGUGGCUGCGGUCCAACAUAAUUAUAAAAUAUCAGCUUUUAAAGAAAACUGUGGGACGUAUUUCCCAGAGGUGAAAAAUGACCCAGACAAAUAUUUACAAAGAUGUCCCGAGUCUGUAAAGAAGUGGCUAAAACAGCUGAAGAGUGCUGGGAAGAUUCUGCUACUGAUUACCAGUUCUCACAGUGACUAUUGCAGGCUCCUGUGUGAACAUAUCCUUGGGCAUGAUUUUGAAGAGCUUUUUGACAUAGUGAUCACAAAUGCUUUGAAACCUGGUUUCUUCUCCCAUACUCCAAACCAAAGACCUUUCCGAACUCUUGAGAAUGAUGAAGAGCAGGAGGCUCUGUUAUCCCUAGAUAAGCCUGGCUGGUAUUCCCAAGGUAAUGCUAUCCAUCUUUAUGAACUACUGAAGAAGAUGACUGGCAAGUUGGACCCCAAGGUUGUUUAUUUUGGUGACAGCAUGCACUCGGAUAUUUUCCCAGCUCAUCACUAUAGCAACUGGGAAACUGUCUUCAUCUUAGAGGAGCUUCUAGGAGACAAAGUUAUGGUGCCUGUGGAGACUGAAUCUGAGCCCUUGGAGAAGAAAGGAAAAUUUGAGGGACAUCUCCCCAAAGCUCCUUACUCUGUAUCUAAACUGUGGGGCUCUUUCUUUGUGGACAGCUUACCAGGCUUGGGUAAUGCUGAGGAAACAUUAGUUAACACAUGGUCCUGUAAAUGCAUUGGCACUUACAGCACAAUUGCAAUCCCUAGUCUUGAAGCAAUAGCAGAUUUACCACUGGACUACAGAUUUACACGAUUUUCCUCAAAUAACUCAGCAACUGCUGGUUACUACCCAAGUCCCCCAAGAGUGCUGCUGCCUAAAGAGGAGUCAGUGCCUAUGAAAUAGGUUUUCUGCUUUUGCUUGAAUAACCUUGUGGUCCUUACUUUACUGCUCUCAAAUGUUAAUUGAUGGAAAUGCUGUCUGAUGCUUCAUAAAAUAGAAUGAUGGUUUAAAAGCAGCCUCCCAUGUAGUCUUGUGCUUCACUUGCUUCUGCAGCUGGAAGAAGUGAGCAAUGCGUACUUCUCUGUAAAUCUUUUUCACCACCACUGCCUGUCACAAAGUGUUAUUGGCUUUUCCAUGUGCUACCCAAAUGCUGUAAGAGAAAUGUACUGAUAAUACCUCAUCCUAAGUUAUGUUUAAAUUUACACUUUUUCAAGGACAUUGGCAGUAGUAUCCCCAUCUAAGGCGAUACCACUGCUGUUUUAAGUCCUGGACAUGAAACUAGACCCUGAGCCAUAUCCCAUUAAGUUAUCCUAGUAGUUGUGUGUUUUGCAGACUCUGAGGAAUUUAUUCUCUCCCUAUUUAAGCAAAGAAGAGAAGUAUAGUUCUUGGAGAUACAGAAGGACUGUGAUACAGACUGGUCUUUUGGUUACAAAAAGAUACUUCAUAUCCAAAAAGAGACUUGAGUGGAAUUUAGGCAGCUAAAUGCAGAAUUAGAGUCCUCAAAACUAUGUUGAAUGCUUCCUAUUCCUGAGUGUGCCUAACCACUAUUACAACAAGGUUCCCUACGUGUCUUUUUCUCCUGUGGUCUUCAAUACCUCAAGAGUCAGAGCUCUUUUGCAGAAUAAGGGAAACCUGUGUACGGUGUCCUCUACAGCUUGAGUGGAUUUAGAUCCACGUUUUCUACCUCCAUGGCAAAUGCUUCUAAGGAUCAGAAAGAUAUAGCACCACCUAUAUACAUCCAUCAUUGCUAAGUACAGCCUAAGCCCAGAAGAGAAGCAAGAUUCAAGAUAUAAACUGUUUUUAUUUUUUUCCUACAGGAUAAGUUAAGGAAAUCCACAUCCUGUUUUCUGUGGAUUCAGUCUAAAGACCUGAUUCUCCAGAGCUUUGCAUAAGGAACGUUAAGUAACUAACUCAAGGUGGUUGAUUCAAAAAAAUGUCUAAGACAUUCUUUCAGUUGUCAGUUUUGUCCAGGCACACUAAGAUGGCAGAAUUUGCAAUAAAUUUCUUUCAAAUUUAAGGGAACAAUACACAGAAAUUUUCUUUCCUCAGUUCUUGCUUUAAAGAAAAAUUAGUAUUAAGAAUUUACUUUCUUAGGCCUAGACAAUGAUCUGAAUGAAAUUAAUUUGUGUCUUCACCCAGCUUACUCUAUCUUUGCAGCUCCACUAGUUAAAAUAUUUUGUGUCAGAGCAGAAUGAAAACAUCACUCCACCUUGUUGGAGAUUUAUCAGUCUCUUUGCUUCUGUACUUUUCCCCCUAACUCUUGUUCCUAAAAUAUAGGGAUGUUUGUUAUAAAUUCUAGUGGUCUGGUGCACUUACAAAUAAUAUGCAACUUUUCAGUCAACUGUAUAAUUAACAUUGAGCAUUGUUUUUCCCAAUGAAAAAAUAAAACAAAUGAAACAAAUGAGAAAGAGAAAAAAAAGAAAAAAGGAAAUAUUUUCCCUAAAGCAAGAUACAGAAGGGAGGAGGGAGGAAAAUUAAAAGUACCAUUCUCCUCAUAACCCAUAGGUUGAAUAUAUUUGACUUAUGAAAGUAGCAGUAAGUGAAAUAUUUGUAUUUCUUUUGGAAUGCUUAAAUUGCCGUCAAUGUCUUGGCCAGAGAAUCUGGCUCAAGAUAAAAGUAUGUUUUGUAUUAAAUAGAGAUGGACGCAAAAUAAAUUCACAGAUCCAUGACUGCAGCAUCAUUUGAAAUUAUAAGCUGAAUCAAGUAAUCUUUUGCAAAAUUUCUAAGUGGGUUAUGGUCCAAAACAGUAAUGAGUGCCCUCACAAGUUUGUUGUUCUGAAUUUGAAGGUGAUUUUUUUUAUGUUGGGUUUUCUCCUGGAUUUUAAAGAAAAUUAAUUGCAAUCUAAGAGUUAAUGAAAAUUAGAGUGAAAAUCCACUAAAGUCCUUGGUUCUUGACAUCUCUGUGGAGAACUAGUAUUUUUUUGAUAGAAAAGUGAUAGAUUCUAAAGAUAUUCUGAACAUGAAGAUUAUCAGAAGAAAUAUGUACAUGGACUUGAUUAACUAGCCAUUUGCACUUACUGCCAGAUCACAAAGACCAGAGAAAGAAGUAAAAAUAAAAGCUGCAGUAAUCAUGAUUUCAUAUAUCGCCACAGUCUGUGGUUAUAGGAAGAGUUAGGAAAAUUACUCGAAGCAUUUGCCAAAAAACCGAUUCCUAUGAGAUCAGUACUGCUCCUCUACGUUUGAAGGGCAGAGAAGGGAAUAAGGCUAGAAAAAGCUGAAAUAUUUCAGUUUUGCAUUUUCAAAAUGAUGCACUUGUCUUUUAGUUUUAACUUUUUCUUUUAGCUAAAGGAAUGAAAUAUAAAUUAAAAGGAAAAAAUAAUGUGUAUGCAGGUGGCCUAAAGAUCUCCAAAAUGAAAUUGAAAGUUUAUUUCAGGUAGAAAGAAAGGGUUUCAUAAAUUCAAACAAAAUUUUUCUGAUGCUUCCAAGUUCUGAUGUUGUCGAAGUAUUUUUUGAUUCAACCACCAGAUUGAAAAAUUCAUAUAUGCUCAGCAGUAGUGAUGGAGAGAUGUCUGGCUGCCAUUUAAGGUUGUGUGUAGCUGCAAAAGCAGAGGUUGGCAACAGAGGAUGACUGGUGCUCUGGUGACUGGAGAGAUGAUGGAAAUGGAAAUGGAGGUCAUAGCUGGCAUGGAGACCAGAGAGAAGAAAGGCACAUGACAGAGAACUGAUAGAGAGCUGGCCAUAUUGAUCAUGAACACUAUAAGGAUUCACUUUUUCUUUUUUCUUUCUUUUUUUUCUUUUUUUUUUUUUUUUUUUUUUUU